AUGCUCUCCAGCUUCAAGGCCACGGUCAUUCGUCGUGCACUUACGGCUGCACCCAUACAGUGUAAGUCAUCAUCAGUGACAUGGGCCGUGGACGUGCAACGAGUCUGAGCUGAUGGAGUGGAGAGCAGCCGCGUCACGCAGCCUGCCAACUUCCGGCGUGCGCAAGGCUUCCUCGGUCGCUGAAGCUGGGGACGUCGAUGCCAAGGCCGCCGAAGAGCAUUUCGGGGAGAUCAAGGCGACAAGUAUGCAGUCGGCGGGUGAAGGUGGCGGAAAGCAGCACAUGGGUGAGGCUCGCGGAGGCCAGAGCAGGGUGAAGCCAUCAUCGGAAAAGUCUCUCGACCCGGCGGAUGAUGGAUAUGGCAUUGUGAGCGGAGGGCCGGGACAGUAGAACUCUCUCUCUCUUCCAACUUUAGCCGGUGUGAGCCGUUGCUUCUCGGGUAGCCAUGCAGACCCGAGCCGGUCCCGGGAGAUGAUUGAGUACAUAUACAUAUAUGCACGUGUACGCCUCUACCCGCAGCUAUACCCGCAGCGAUACUGAGGUUGGACGACGCCGGGCGGCCUGACUCGAACGCAGUCUCCCGAGUCUCGAACUGCGGUUAGAACUCCGGCUCAGAACUCCGUCGUCCCGGCUGCGGCAAGGCGCAUUCACCGUGCAUUCACUGUGCAUUCACACCAUCGGCGCCAAGAGCACGUGCCCUCGACCCUUCUCUCUACCCCAAAGAACACGACUCUGCCCUGCGAAUGCGAACUUGGAAGCGUCCACACGUCCCAUUGACACCGCGACCCAGCGCUGGGAGCCUCUGGAAGGCUGUCCCCGUCCUCGACCCACGCCCACGUCCGCGCCCACGCCCACCAUCACGAUCACGAUCACGAUCACGAUCAUCCGCCAACCCGCCGCGACGCCCACGGCUACAUGCGCAUCGAUGAAAGACUCCGGGAAUGAGACAGCGGGCUCACACAUAGGGCUGCAUGGCCACAAGCCCGCCUUGCAGGUCAUCUGUCUCGGCAACAGCGGUGGCCCGAGUGAGGAGAACGUCACGGGCUUUCUUGUUCGCUCCGUGGGCAGCGAAUGGGCCAAGAACUCGCUGCUGGCGGUAGACGCCGGCUCGCACCUUGCGCCGAUCACGCGAAUACUCGAGCGCUCCUUUCCCCCUCUCAGCGGUGGUGGAGACGGCCGGACAGACUCCAAUGGACGACACCCUCUGCUCAAUGGCAACAACAGUGCCAAGGAACCCUCGCCCACGUCUACCUCCCCUUCGUCCUCGAUAGCAGAGGAUGAGCUUCCGGAGCCCACGGUAUUGUCGUCCGGACCCUUCGCCGGCUUGAAGCUUCCCAACAAGUCCGCCCGAGCAAACGCGCUGCACCUCCUCCGCACGUACAUCACCACUUAUCUGAUCACGCACCCGCAUUUGGACCAUCUGUCGGGCUUUGCCAUCAACACCGCUGCCUUUCAUGCGACUUCAAGGCCGAAAACACUGGCAGCCUUGCCAAGCACCGUCAACGCCAUCAAGGACCACAUUUUCAACGAUAUCAUCUGGCCGAAUCUAACAGACGAGGAUGGCGGCGUUGGAUUCGUCACUUUCCAGCGCCUGAAAGAAGGUGGCGAUGUAAUGCUUGGGGAGGGCGAGGGCAGAGGCUACAUCGAUGUAUGUGACGGAUUAGGCGCCAAGGCAUUCAAGGUGUCUCACGGAACCUGCACCAAGAGUCCACCGGCUCAUCAGCAUAGAGGAAGUAUACCUGGGUUGUCCGAUUCUCACCCUCCAUACAAUGGAUCAAUACAGGGCAGUUCUGGAUCACAGGACCAUGGUUCAGUAGCUGCACAUCGCUCUCUGUCCAUCACGCAAUUGCAUUCUACGCCAGGAACACCAGGAGGUACACAGAGGCCCAGCUUUCACGCAAGCCAUGCUUCACCCUCCACCGCAGCACCUGCUUGCGAGUCAUCGUGCGUCGUGGACAGCACGGCAUUCUUCCUUCGCGACGAGCACACUCAGCGAGAAGUGCUCAUCUUUGGGGACGUCGAGCCAGACGCACUGUCCAUGAUGCCGAGGAACAAGAUCAUCUGGCAAGAAGCCGCUCGCAGAAUUGCUCACCGGCGUCUUGGAGGCAUCUUCAUCGAAUGCAGCUACGAUGAUAGUCAGCCAGAUGCACUCCUGUUCGGACACCUGAGCCCGAAGCAUCUCAUUGCAGAACUCAAGACACUCGCCGGGUUCGUGAUGCAAGCAAAGGAAGACCUCGCGGCAGAGAGGGCGUCUAAGAAGCGCAAACGAUCCGCAGCGAAUGGUCUUGACAACUUCGCAAGGAACGCGUUCCCCGAGAAGGAGCGCAAGCGAAGUCACAGUCUCGUGAACAGGAUGCUGCAAGUCGAGGACAAACGGCGGAGCAGUGCACCUGAUGGAAUGCUACCUGACAUGUCCGCCGUGGUGCCCACAUCGACUCCGCCGCCCUCGGAUUCCAACAACCAGUAUGACUUCCACGAUCCCAUCACGCACAGCAUCGAAUCCGCAUCACCCAAGACCGUCUCUUUUCCGUCCUACAUCAGCGGCGGUGGCGACAGCAGCGGGGACAGGAAAGCAGAUCUGCCUCUCAGCGGCAUUCGGGUGGUCAUAAUACACAUCAAAGACACGAUGAAGGACGGACCGCAUGUGAGCGAGAACAUCCUCGCGGAGCUGCAGGAGUCCGAACUCCGACUGCAGGCCGAGAGAGGUCUGGGGCUCGGGUGCGAGUUUGUCAUUUCUCAGAGCGGGGAGAGCUAUUGGUUCUGA